AUGAAAGUGUCCCUAUAAGAUUUCGGUUUUCAUCAACCCAACGCUCCUGAAGUUAAUACGCCUAGGUCUUUGGAGGCUUGCAGAAGAGAAGGAAUUAGUCCCAAUGAGAUUGUUAAAGUUUCAUUCGAGGAGUAUUAGAAAAAAUAUAGACUAUCGAAUUUGGAUGCGAAAGGAAUAGAGACGUAUUAUAAACAUUUUGAAGAGAAGAGGGAAGAAAAAUACAGAGAUCUUAUUAAAUAAAGACAUAUAGUUUUGGAAGAUGAAAAGACUGGUUUGUGGAGUCCGGAUGGAUUGGGAAAGAGUAAAAUGAUUUCCAAAUAUUCCUAAUAAGAUGCUUCCUCUUUGAUUGAGAAGGAAAAGCAACAGAUUGAGAAGAUCAAGAAGAAAUAGCAAAAGGAGAUUGAAAAUAUGCUGGAGUUUGAAUUGAAAAUAUAAGAAAUAAAGGAAUAAAAUGAAAAGAAGAUGCAGGAGGAGAGGACGAAGUAGAAAUAGAGAGAAUUGGAAUUGGAAAGGAAAAGGGCCUAAUAGGAAGAAAUCAAGAGACAAAAGGAGUUGCAGAAGUAAUAAAAAAAAGAACAAGAAGAAGAGGCAUUGAAGGAAAGAAUGAAAUUACUUGAAUCUAAGGAACAAGAACGCAUUAAAUAAGAGGAAUUAAAACAAAAAUUAAGAGAUGAAGAAAACAAAAGAAAAGAGGAUGAAAAGAAGGCAUAGUAAGAAAAACUAAGAAAAUUAAAUGAGGAAAACAUUAGAUUAUAAUUGGAAGCAUUAGAAAAAAGAAAAAAGGAAAUGGAUGAGAAGGCUGAGUAGAGGAAGAAAAUGAUGGAAGAACAAAAAGAAAAGAAAAAGCAAGAGGCGGAAAAGGCAAGAAUUGAAAAUGAAGAAAGGAUUAAAUAAGCUAAAGAAAGAAAUGAAUAAGAAGUUCUAAGAGUCAAAGAAGAUGUUGAAAAAAAAUUAUAAAUUAGUGAAUAAAAAAGGUUAUAGUUUGAGGAAGAAAAGAGAAAAAAAUUAGAAUAAUAAAAAAUAGAAGCUGAAUAGCAUGCAGAAAUUAUAAGGAAAGUCAUUGAAUAAAAUGAAUAAAUGGAAUUAGAGAAAAAAAAGGAGUACUUAAAAAAAAUAGAUGAGGCUGAAGAAAGAAGAAAAUAAUUAGAAAAAGAAUAAGAAAGAGAGAAGGAAAAGAGGAGGUAAGAAGAUCAUGAAAAAGAAUAAUAAAGACAUCAAGUAUUAUUGUAAAAUGAGCAAAGAUAAAAAGAGAGAAUUGAAGAAUUCUUGAAAAAAUUUUAAGAUAAGGAUGAGAAUUUAUAAAAAAUUCAAUUUGAAAGAUCUAUUUUAAUUACGGAUAAAAGAAAUCAAGACACAUUAAAGAGAAUUGAUAAAAGAGAUAAUGUUGAAAGAAUUAUGAAGAAAUAAGAAUAUGAUAGAAUGAAAUUAUAAGAAAAACUAAAUGAGAAGAUGGAAAGAGCAGAUAAAAUAUAAGAAGAUUUAGAGUAAUUGUUAUUAUAAAGAUAAAAUAUGAGAAGGGAAAUAGAUAAACAAAAACGAGAUCUUUUAUUGAAACUAGAGAAAAUUAGAGAAGGAAAGAUUCCUCAAUCUGAAAUCUAAAAAUAGUUUGGAAUUACAUCAACUGAUUUAAAGUCAUAAACUCAUGAGGAAUAGAACUUUGCUAGAAAAUCCCAAUCUUAAUCAAUUAAUAAAAAUAAUAAAAAAUUAAUGACUUUGACUAAACCUUUCAGUACUAUUAGAUCAUCCAAAGGCUAAGAUAAACUACCUGAAAUUAAUUCAUCGUCUCCAUAAUUAAAAGAAACUUUGAACAAUCCGCUAAAUACUAAAUCUGUUGAAUCAGCCUAGUAAUUAUUAUAAUAGUAACCAUAAUCCCAAAAAAAAUCUCCAAAAAGAGCUAAAAAACAGGAUAUAGUCAAAUAAAAACCAACUGAACCACCAAGUCCAGAAGUGCUAUUUGAACUAAAUUAAAUUAUUUAGAGAUAAAACCAGGAGAUUAUGAGAGUUUUCAUGGAGGAAUAAGCAAAUGAAAAUAGAAGAGAUGAUAAAUUGAGAAAUUGUAAAUCUGAAAACAGAGCUAAAUUGGAAAAGUUAUAGAGUUUAGAAAGAUAGAAAGCUUAAUAAAGAAUUCAAAAGCUAUAGGAGCAACACUAAUACGAAUAGUAUCAAUUUAAGCUAGCUCACAAUCUUAUUGGUUGA